AAAAGUCCACCCACUGUGAAAAAGAAAAAGGUUCAGGGAAACAUUUUGGACAUGUUUUCAAAACAGUAAGGAAUCUUUGUCCAGGCUAAUUUCAUAAUUAUAAUAAUUUCAUAAAUACAAAUAUACAGUAAGGCCACAUAAAAUAAAUUCCUUGAUUCUCAUCACCGCCCGACUGUAUUUUAAGAGCCGCUUGAAAUUUUUUUAUAUUUUGUUAUACAAUAUAAAUGCACCGCCCGGCAAAAUAUUUCAAGACAGUUAAGUUUUUUAUAUUUUAUAUUGGGUUUUUAGUGCCAUUUUAAAUUGCCAAUUUCAAACAAAUAGAACCUUGAAAGAAAUUUCAUUGCAUUUUAACGCAUUCAGUUCAAGGGCCAGUCAUUGUUCGUGGAGAAAUAUGUUUAUUUCAGUUUGUGACACUUUUAUUUAUUGAUAUAUAUUAAAUUAUAUAAAUAUAAAAUAUAAAAUAUAAACCUCCCGCCUCUUCGAUAUUUUUUAAGUGUAGUGAUGAGAAUAAGGAAUUUAUUUUAUGUGGCCUAAGUGCAUGUUAACACUUAUGAAUAUUAUUUUUAACAACGUGUAGAAAUGGCAAAAGAAAGAAAUCAGAUGAUGAAACAGAAGCGGAGAACAAGAAUAAUAGUGAAGAUACAAUGGUGUGUUAUUUAUUUUCAAUUCACAAAUAUUUUGCAAGUGUCAUGCAUCACUGAUUGAAUAUUUCCCUGGUUAAGCUCGAGAUAACCCAACUUGGAUUCACUCAAUAUUCCUGGUUACAUUUCCUGCAUGAUUAUUUCAUCCUUUUUCCUACUAUAUAGUCGAGGUAAAUCUGGUUAAUUUAACCAGACUGUGUUAGGGUGGAUAAAUAACGAGGGUAGCUCUGGUUACUGUAUCCACCCUUUUCUGGUUAUCUUAACAGGGAUGCCCUCAUAAAUAUCCCAGAUUCCUGGUUACAUUAACCACACUAUGGUGAAAUAAAAUAACCUGGAAAUUUUGGCAGGAAUAUUAAGUUACACAAACAGUGUUAUUUGUGGUUAAGAAGGUAAUUUUAACCCGAGUGUUUUUCAAAUGCCAGUCUCAUGAAGUCUUCAUCUCCACCUUCAGGUCAGACUCUGCAUGGCUUUCUGAAAAUUAUGCUCCCACUUCAUAAUGCAUAAUUUGAACCUCUCUCCUUACAAAUAACCAUUGUCUUGAGAUAUCCACCCCGUGGAAAUGCUGUAUUUGCUUUUUUGCACAUCCACUAGAGAAUCUGCUCCGUUCGAAAAUUGAAUGAUUCAUCAUCCAACAACAGUGCACCAAUCUGAACUCAUCCGAAUGCGUUUUUACGAAAUAGGUCUCUCCCUGAAAUAUCUAUAGAUUUCUGCUAAGAACCAUUUAUUCUUUAGGAUUGCAAAAGACAAAAAACUGAAGGCAAGCCUUGUGAAAAUGGCGAAGUUGAAGAAACAUCCAGGUUAUUAUUAUUUUGCAGUGAUGAUUGUAGUUUAACAUUUAUAGCAGUAGGCCUAGCGCGUUGAUUGUUCAAGAAGCGUAUUUCUAUAACUUUAUGGAAACACCGAAAAUUUCCCGCAUCCGAAUCUCUAAUUUUGAAAACGUAAACAAAACAAUUUUAACACGCGCUGUAAUCGAAAAAAGUUCGAUAAAUGCGAUAGUUUUGAAAACGAAAGUAAAAACCACUGAACGAAAAGCGAUUUCUCAGUUCAAAUAGAGGAGUACUUGACGAUUUUGUGGUCAAAUCCACGAAGACAGGCCAACCUCGUGUGCAUUUAAUGCAUAGUAAUGAGAAUUGUUAAAUUAGUUGGUAUAAAAAAAUGGCAAUAACAACUUGUUUGAGGAUAAGGAUAAUUUAAUUUUACCACAGAUAUCAGUUAUAUAUAGAAGUUGUUUCAUUAUGAUAAUAUACAGUGUAUACUGUAGUUAGUUUUAAAUAGUCAAUAUAUGUACACCAUAAAUCAGAUGUCCGUGGCAAGGCGGCAUCCAGAAACCAUAGGACUUGUAAGUAGGAUGUCUUCUUGGAGCAGUAGUAGGCCUAGCAGAAAAUAAUGUAGAUCAUAAAAAGGAUUAGUUAAAAUGCGGUCAGGAAAAACGUAAUUAGGGAUGUAGCAAGUAUUUCAAAAUUCUAUUCCUGAAGCAAUUUAUCGUCUGUGCACUUCUGACAAACUCUAUUGGGACCUUGAAACAGGAUGGUGAACUGCUUUACAUUAGUUUUAUAAAAGAAAUAGAAACAGUUUUUUAUACAACUAUUACAGAAACACGUGGUAGUUUUCGAGAAUUCGAAAUAAUGUAGAAAAUCCAGUGAGCUAAGAACUCGAGUCCGAAAAGUGAAGGCAAGCUGGCGGAAAUUUAAGAGUUAUUGGAUCCAGUCCCUAUCUAUUGUUUUUUUCUGCGCAAUAAACACGAAGCCUUUUCUUUAACGGACCUUAUAUCCUGUAAUUUAAAAAUGUGAUAAAAUACUUAGUUUCCUCUCUUUCAAUUUUAGUAAUGAAAGCAACGUGAUGAAAAUUCCAAUGGACAUAGAUCGGAAAGUAUGUUACAGUGUACUCGCUAUAUGAAAAUAGAAUUCUCACAAAAUAAUAUUUAUGACACAAAAAUAUUGCUUUGUUAACAGGUUCCAACGAAAUGUUCCGAAUGUGGUCAACUACUGGAAUGUCUUUCUUUGUUUAGCGGUGAUGUUGACGAUGCGGUAAGCAAAUGCUAGACGUUUACUGAAACACGUGUCCUGCAGGGGUUGCGGUGACCCAAUUGGUAAUAUCAACCUUCUUUUGCCUCUGAGAUCGUGGGUUUGACCCUUCCUAAUGACUCUAUGACGCUCAGCUCUCACAGGGAAUGUUGACAGUGUGCAUGGAUUGGAUAAAUCCCAAAAAUAACGUUUAUUGUAUGGAUAGUGAGUUUUCCCAAUGGAUUUACUCAUGGACAACUCGUUUCGUAAUGCACAUUAGCCAAUCAGAAAAGCGAAACAAUUUUCUCACACGUGUUAAAAGCCGUUUCGUCCAAUCAAAUGAUACAACGAUGACAUACAGUGUAUGAGUAAGUUCACUUAUGGCUGGAAUUUCCCGCCCUUUGACUUCGUUUAUUUCGCUUGAAACUGAAUUAUAAACUUUCUUUUGUCAUUUUAAAACAUAUUUAUUGUUGUUUAAAUGAAUUGCAGGCAUAUGACUUUUUUGAAUUCUGAGUAUUUAUCGUUCACUAUAAGUAUAGUUAUAGGCAAAGAUAAUUAAACAAACCAAACAGGGCUUACAGGGCGCGAAAUAACGGCCGGUCAACGGACAAUGUCCGGCCAGAAUGCGGAAUUGUCCGGUCAAAUUCUUACCUUGCCGGUCAUUUUGACCGGUCACUUUUGGUAAAAGAACAAACAACUAAUCUUCAUUUGAAUUAAGAAUCAAAACAAAGUUGUCAAGCAUUAGAACAGCUGGGAAAUUUGUUGCGCAUGCGCCAGAUUUCCAUUGAAACUUGAAGAUUUCCCCGAAUAGAAGAAAUAUUACGAGAUGUUCGUGGUUGUUGUAUAUUUUUGAAUGCCUGUUUAAUCUUUAUACUUUUUUUUGCUUGAGAUAAAGACAAAGUAAAAUGUACACUACGUUUCCAGUGUAUAGAAUAUCUCGUUUGAACAGCAAUAGAAUAUUAUAAUCUUGACACAAACAAGAAGACAUUUGACACGCUAAAUCUGUAGUUAUGCCUGAGGUAUAAAAGCCAAUCGUCGCGAGCUUGACAAUGGUCAAACGCAAAACAAGUACAAAUUUGGGUUCAAACAGAAAGAAGUUCAAUGUUAAUACAACUAACAUAUAUUCUAUACAAAUACGGGUGGUUUAAAAUGUUUUCAAUUGAAUUUUCAAAGCUUUUAUCUAUCGCUAUGAUAAUCAAACUGUGUGUGAACUUGAUGCGCAGUUUUGUUGACGCUUGCGAAUGCAAAAUAACUUCCUGUAAACAGAGCAUUUCUACACAAAACUCUCGCUUAGUCUUCUGAUGCACUUGUACGUUCGGUUCUACUAGUUAAACAAGGAAAAUAUUCAAGAAACACUGGUAAAUUAUCGUUGUUCAAAAACCAUUCAGUGCUGAGGCAGUACAAGAUUUCAAGGGCAAGGUCAAGUUGUCGAUUUCAUUACAUUUUACAGUACUUCGGAAUGUUUUCGAACUCUUGCUUCAUACAAGAGCAGUAAACGCACGCAUUUCAAAGCGAAAUUAGACGCAAAGGGGCAAUUUUUCAACAAAAUUCGUUGUUAAAUUAUGUUUCCUAUGUGCCUUGGGAGCAAAAAAAUAUGAUUUUAAAUUUGGAGGAAUCGGCAAAUUUUUUUGCAAUUUGGCCUGGUAUUGCACCCUACCUAUGUAAUGACUGUGCUGCAAAAGUAAUCAAAUAUACUAUUUUGAAUUUCCCUUCAUUGAAAGGAUCUACUAUUGUGGACUAAACUAAAUUUUAAUCAGCAUACAAGGCUGCAAACAACAGCCAAGAAUUAGCUGGAUAGUUUGCAAACUUUAAAAAUAAUUGGACCUCAAACUUUGAUCCCAAAAAGUAAACAAAUGACCAAUACUUCGAACAUAAUCCAAGUUUUGACCACUAGGGGCAAUUUUUAGAUGUAAAAAAACUUGUUUAAAUUACAUAUCAAACAAAGGCAAAACAAAAUUUGGAAUUAAUUUUUUGGAGGAAACGUCAAGGUUUUUUGCUAUUCCCGCAUGCUUCUACACCCCCUCCCCCAGGAUCUUCUCUACCAGAAAACAGUUUUCAGCAGAAACUAUGCUUUUUUAUCGGGAAAAUUUUUACUUUUCUCAAAAAGAUACUUUAGAAACACGGAAACUUUAAAUAUUUAAAUAAUUUUCAUACCUUUUUGGGAUUGCAAAAAGCAAAAUUUGAUUAAUUAUCACACUUUUUAAAAUAUAUGUGACAAAGUUGCUUCGAAAUCACUAUCACGCAGUAGCAUGUUUAUUUACCCUCAUCCUUUUGACUGAAUAAAGUUUAUCUUUCUGAAAAGCUAUUUGUUUUAUAGUUCUUGGUUAGCAGUGUACGUUUAUGUCGAUUUUGGCACCCAUGAGGCCAAUAAGUUACGGUAAUCCGCGAAUGAAAACUGAUAUUCGAAGAGCACAAAAGCUAACCCCUAGCUAUGUAACUUUAUCGCCUUCAUUUUGAAUCAAUCCACAAUUAAAUUUCUGGUAAUGCAGAUGCUUUCCAUACUUGAGAUGUUAGUGAAGUUUUUCCAACAACUUAAUUUCCUUGAUCGCGUCUUAAAAAUGCAAAAUCAUCAGUUGAAAUUUCACUCGUGUUUUUUUUUCAAAUUUUCGAAUUUUUGUAAAAUAUCGCGUGCGCCAGCAAUUUCUCUGCACAGCGACAACAAAUUUCCCAGCUGUUAAGCAUUAGGCCAAAAAAAAUAUAUGUGGGUUUCCGGUUUCCCGACCCUAUACCUAGCUUUUGGACGUUGAAAUCCCGACCCUAAUUUUUUUUAUUGGAUCAUGCUUGUAAGUGUUUCCACUUAGAGGAAAAAGUUUGUGGUAAAUUGAAAUUUGAGGCAAUAUUAGGGAAAUUUAUCUUUGGAUGUGGAAGCACUGACUAAACAAAAUGGCGUCCGCUUGUUCGGAAAAUUAAAAAAAAAGUUUAAAAAAAAAAGUUAAAACCGACCUACCCUAUCUAAGUUUUUAUGAGAAGAAACCGGAAACCCGCAUAUUUUUUUUUGGCCUUAUAAUUAAGAACCAUAACAUGUUGUCCAAUAUCUUGCGGGAAAAGAACUUCAAUGUACGCCAGCUUUCCCACGCAGUACGUCACAAAGCCCAUGGCCAUGCUUUUGGCUUAAGAGUUAAUUAUUAUUUAGCGCAGUGCAAGUUGUUUUAUGCGAAGGAGUUUUUAAUUACUGAUUACAGUAAGGCUUUUUGUAAUGCUAUACUGAGAAAAUAGUCACAUUUUUAGGGAUAUACUUUACUAGGCUUUGCUUUAAGUUGAAUAAUAUGACCGGCCAGAAAUACGGUAUGUCCGAGCUAAAAUUGAGUUGGCCGGUCACCUUGACCGGCGUCCCUCCAGCCGUUAUUUCGCGCCCUGCCGGCUUUCAGAAUUACUCUGAGUAAGUGUCUGUUUUGAUAGAGUAGGCGGCUGUUGGGAAGGGGCGGUCUAGGGGAUCUUAAAGUUAUCCAAAUUAGCUAGUGUAUAUUGAUUAGAUAGCAACACAACUGAGCUCUGUAACCAAGUUAUAAUGUAUCGCUACUUUCAUUCUUUUACAAGAUAACUUUAACGAUGGCAAAUAACUAAAUCAUUUUAAGUAUAGGUAAUCAUGGGAUGGCGAGUACAAUUAGGGAUUAAUAGUACGAGUGAGGUGCUUUUGUUCGUAUUUUCAUCUAGUUCCUACACGGCAAUUUCAUUUCGCAUUUGUGUUUAAAAUACGUUUCCGCCAUUUUGUUUGUUUUGGGAAAAUCAUUAAUUGUACUGCAGUACAAUUAAUGAAAUAAUUGUACUCCUCUCAACCAAUCAGCAUCCAGUAAUUUUGUCAUGCCAAUAAUAAUUAAGGUAAUAGUGCGUAGACCAGGUUGAUGAAAAAUAACUUGAAAGUUUAGAGUGGAAAAAGGAGAGCAGAAUUGAUAUUUCAAGUACCAAACAAAGUAACCGGCGGUAAACCUUGUAGCACCUGUCGGAGCUCCGGCGGCCGCCGGCUUAUUUUGAAAGCCCUGACCAAAACUAAAAUUUGAAUGAAAGCAAAACUUCGGUUGAUUGGGAUGCAAAGAAAGAUACAAGCAUAACUUCGACGUUUCGAGCGAAGGCUCUUCGUCGGCAAGUUAAUUGUCUUGCGUAGUCCUUAGCGUAGUCCCGAGGUUUUUUAUUAUUGCACUACCUGUACUGCCACACAGUGUUCAAAAUAAGAUAAACCGCCACUGGAAAAACCGAUAAACGAUAGAUAAAUAAGAUAAAUAAGAUAGAUAAGAUAGAUAAGAUAGAUAAGAUAGAUAAGAUAAACCGAAACUGGAAAUUGUAUGGACCUUUAUUGGAAAUAGAAUGGAUUUUUGAUUAUCCAUAAUAAUUUUAUAUUUCCAUACUAGAUUGGAUUGGAUUGGAUUGGAGGACUGGAUUGCAUUUCAAGUUCGCGCAAUUUGAUCAAGUCCGCGGCAAAGCCGAAGAUGGGAUCAAAAUGUGAGGACUUGAAAUCUAGUCCAGUCCGAAUUGGAGGAUUUAGAAUGAUUUCUCAUACGAAUAAAUCACUACUUAAAGUGAGGUGAAUUAAUUUUGAUCCAGUCCAAGGACUGAAUUAAUUUUGAUCCAGUCCUAGGACUGGAUCAAUAUACCACUCAGUAUUAUCAUGUGAGCAAUAUGGUUGGCAGAUUCACUCAUGAUUUAUUAAUGAGUUUGAGAUUUUGUUGUCACAAAUCCCACUCGCUCAAUGCAUUGCUCGUUCGCUUUGUGAGAACAAACGAACGCGUGCGAAAAUAGGAUACGUUAGCACUUCCCAUGAAGAAAUCUUUGUUUGUGUGACGAACGGCCUAAGAUAUCGACGACAUUUUAUUUUUGCACAGGUUGAAGAAUUUGUGAUGUUAGUUGAUCCUAAACUCUCGCUGUUUACUGGAGAUGAGACAACUUACGGCAGUUAUGAAGCUGACAGACCACAACAUCGGAUCACACAAUUCAGGUUUGUAUACAAUACAAUAACAAUACAAUACAAUAACAUUUAUUUAACGUGAUCAAAAUACACUUAGCUACAGAAAAGCUAAUUUACAGGUCCGUAUUGCCACGAUAAUAUUGAUUAAUUUAUAAGAUUAUAGUAAAAUGAAGACUAAAUUAGAUUUGUGGUUAUUACAUUAAUUUGUAUAGCAGUCUCGGUCAAAAAAACAAACACAUGUUAAACACAAAACUGGACAAUUGUUAGUUAAACAUCGUUUGUUUCAACAUCGUAUAUACAGUGUGUCUAUAUACAGUUAUAAAAGGUACCUUAUGUGCCAUCAAUAUUAAGUGCCAGUGCAUGCCACAGACCAAAUUUUUCCAUAUUACUAAAAAAUAGGGUUCUAGCUUUUGAAUGCCACCUUUUUCUUAUGUCAUUCCAAUAAAUUAAGAACAUGCAACUGACCAAGUACAAGCCGAUUACAAAUUGCCGGUCAAAACCAGAUACAUAUACUGUUCUGCUGCAAGAACUUCAGUCAUUCAGCCGAUGAGAAGAGUUAUGCCAAGAUGACAGCUAGUUAAUACCAGCUUUUCUAACAGACGUAUCGCUAAUCAAGUUUUCAGUUUAUAAAAUCAUAAGAUUGGUCUUCAAAUCCAAGUCCAAAUACGAAAAUUCGACACACUCCUUGCCAAGAUUGAGAAAAUUGAAAACCCAUAGGUUCCAGUCCCUUUCUAUUGUUUUUGUUUCCGCGGUUAACACGAAGCUGGCUUCACGUUAUGUCGUCGAGUUCUCGCACCAGAUAUGGAGUUCACUGUGCACCAUGCGGUAAGGAUAGGCUUGUGAUUGGAAUCAAGAUUAGGUAGAAAAAAAGAAUGUUCAUGAAACAUGGGAUAACCCAUUGCCAAAACAGGCAAACGUGGAAACGAGGCCAUUGGGGCAACAGUGCAAUGAACAGUAAGUCUGUUGAUCUAUUUACCGUAGUACUUCAAUGCAACAUGGUCAAGGAAUUUCGUGUUUUUCUAUUUCAGUGUCUACGACAAAAGCACUCAUUUGUGUCCUUUUGACACUGGUUUGAUUGUGAAGAACAAAGAACUGUUUUUAUCAGGAUAUGUCAAACCAAUCUACGAUGAUAAUACCAAUGCAGACGGUAUGUGAUGAAAUUGUUAGGUGCAAUAGCUCUCUCAGGCAAUACCUGCACCACUUCUUCUGCAUUUCACGUUGUGCGAUAAUUUUCAUUAGCGGCUACAACAGACACCAGUGCUCUUACUUUGUGUUGUUACAAUUUGCUUGAAAUUCUGUUACAUUAUACAGUUAAUAAUAUACAUAAAAAUGUUACUCGACUGUGAUUGGUUGAUGUCAGUGCAUUUAAUCUCAAACAGCAGUGUAAAAUUAUGUAACAACAGUGGAAGAAUAUGUAGCAACAGUGCAAAAAUCUGUAACAACCCGAUGUACUUGGUUGAAAAACAGUGCGAUCUAAAAUCAACCAAUCAGCUUUAAGCAGUUCUCAAGUAACGGCCACAGGUUUGCUUCAAAAGUUGGCGGCUGCGCUACGUAAAGUAAAAGUUGGGUUCGGGUUGAAAAUAUAGCUUUUGUCGUUUUAAAAAAAUGGGAAAGAUUUUACCUUAAACAAGGCUAACAAAACUUACAUAGUUGAGUGAAAUUUUCAAGCCGUUAGCGUUGUUUAAUUUGAUAUAACAAAACAGGGAAUUUUGUUAUAGUGGACAAUUCGCUAUAAAGUUUAAAACUAAAAAAGUUGUCCCGAACAUUUUUGUGCAUAUUAUUAAUACGUAUUAUGGACGGUUUCUCUUCAAAUACCUUUUGAUUCUUUUAGAAAAACUCACUCGUGCAUGUUUUAUCCAAAUUGCACUCAAAACCAUCCUAUUACCUAUAUAAUAAUAUACAUAAAGAUAUUACUCGACUCUGAUUGGUUGAUUUCAGUGCAGUUAAUCCCAAACAGCAGUGCAAUUUUCUGUAAUCACAGUGCAAUUUUCUGUAAUCACAGUGCAAUUUUCUGUAAUCACAGUGCAAAAAUCUGUAACAAACUGAUCUGAUUGGUGGAAAAACAUUGUGAUGAUUAAAUUAACCAAUCAGUUUAAGGCGGUUUAGUUUUAAAGAAGUAACGGUCACAGAUUGCUUCAAAACAAAACAAAGCCGCGCUACACAAAGUAAAAGUUGCCUUCGCGUGGAAAAUAUGGCUUUUAUCUUUAUUUUUAAAUGGAAAAGCAUUUACCUUAAUGUUAUUUUGAGGUCUUUGAAAAACUCACUCGUGCAUGUUAUAUCCAAAUUGCACUCGAAACCAUGCUAUUACCUAUACCUAUAAUGUCUGCUCCCGAGGGAAAUAGUUUUGUUUUCCUGAAAGUCUCGAUGUUUCCGAGACGAAGUCUAUGGAAAGAUUGAGAUUCGAAGUGAAAACAGGCAAGUGUUUUAUAUAGCGACGAAAGAAAAAUCAACAAUUAACAUUCAUUCAUACAACAAUUGCAUUUCAUGACAAAAACUGUAAUGUAAACGAGUUUAGCCUAAAAUUAAAAGAAUCUACUUAAGGUGGCUCCCUACAGUUCUCUAAAAUUCUAGGUAUUUUGAGUAUCGUUCGCUUUGAACCGAAUUUAUAUUAGAUACACUUAAGACAAGACAAUAUGAUCAUUUCCAGGAAAGUUCAGAAGCUGUGUGCUGUCCAUUUAUGAACAAAUUAAAACAGUGUUUGUGUUACCAUGGCAACCAUGACGUUUAAUCUUUUGCACUUCUAUUGUCUAAUUUCACAAUAAAUUGACAAUAUCUAUAUUUUCCUUCGGUCAAUUUUUCUGAAAUUUUUUUUUAAGAUUUAUGGUCCAUAAAGGAAAAACAUAUCAAAAUUUGAAGGGAAUUUACAAAUAAGUUUUCGAGAUAUUCGUGAAUGACGGUUACAGAAAAAGUUAUUUGUAGAAUUUCUUAAAAUUUGGAUAUGUUGUACCACUCGUCUUGUAUAACAAAAAUACAAAGUUUAAAAAAAUUUCACCGAAGAAAACACGAGAAAAUCAUCACUAAAAUCGGCGUGGCCAGCAUGAAAAAAAAUCGACUCGACAUGAGCACGAUCUGCGCAUGCGUGUAAAUUGUAGCGUGUGAUUUAUAGUGAUUUCAACUUUUUGGCUUAAUACAAUACAUAAGAAAACAGAUAUUUCUGACUUGUUUGACAUGAAAAUAAAAUAUUAAUCUUGAAAAUACUAAUAAAAAAACACUAUUAUAGGCAUUGUAUUAAAUCCAGUGUUAGUUUACAUUUGUUUUUGUUGUUAAAAUCGGUGUAAAACUUUUCAAAACAUCGAACUACAAGUUUAACUUUUCAUAUAAAACAACUCAUAACUGUUUUAUUUGAUUUAGCAGAUAAAACGAUACCUGUAAAUUGAAUUGAUUGACAGAACUUAUAUAAGUUUCGGCAACAGUUCACUGCUGUUCAAGAGUUAAUAGAAGACAGUAUCAUUUCUGUUUGACAGCUCGCAAAACAACAAGUUGAAAAUUUUGAGCAAUAUGAAAGACAAUACUGAACGUAAAUACGUAAAAACACGCUAAAAGAUAGGUUAAACUAGUUAAUAACAUACGUACUGUUCGAAUUCAGAAAAAAUUAGGAUUAUAAUGAAAAACUGGGGCUUUCUUUGUAGAUAAAAACGCCAAAAAACUUCCCACGGCUUGUUUCGAUAUUUUUGCCGAACUGGCCCGAACACGAUUCCACGCGCAGGUCGCGAGGAUGAAGUCUGAUCUAUAUAAAUCGUAUUUAAACUGUACUAACUGUAGGGAGCCACCUUAAGCGGUUUCAGCAGCAAUCCUGUUGCCUGUUGUGCAUUUUUCUUGUCUUUUACAUUCUUUAUUUUCACACAAACUUGGAAAGUGAAGUGCGAGUUGUGCCGCCAUUUUGUUUUUUUCUUGUCUACGUAGCCGGUCUGGGCGGGCAACAAUUUUUUACUUGUUUUGCCAGGCGGAAUGCAUUGCAUUUAGCUAAAGCCACGUGACAACAAAUUAGCAAAUCACGUUUGGUGUUACCCUAGCUAUGUAACAAACUACAUCAUGCAGAUUGCAGACAUAAAUGACUUAUAAACCGAACGUGUAUUCACAGAAAGUAAUUGUACCACGUGGUCUAAUGUGCUCUCUUUGACGCCAUUUUUCUCGACUGAAGGUGGAAUAGCAACGAAGGCUAUCGGUCCAAUCAAUGAAUGGUGGACAACUGGAUUUGAUGGUGGAGAAAAUGUUGUCAUUGGUAUCACGACUGGUACGUUGUAACUAGUAGCUUGCUGGAACACAUCGAAAUCCUGACAUCAAAUAUAUCCAUUUUUGGUUUAGCAUUUGGUGAAUAUAUAUUGAUGACGCCAUCUGACGAAUACCGUCCUUUUAUGGACGCCAUGAAGUUGAAAACGUACAUCAGUAAA